GCCGGAACAAAAAAAAAAGGGUUAAAAAGGUCAUAUGCGGCUUUAAAAGGUCGUUGACAGUUUAUAAAGAAAAGAAAGGAAGUUACCAUUGAUAAUUUCCAAGAUAAUGUUUUAUUUUGAUAAAAAGUAUAUAAAUGUUUUGUAAAUGAUAGAAUUUUUUUAUUCCCCGUCCAAUUGAAGGACAUUAAGAUUUUUAGUCUUUAGUGAAGCUUUAGAAAUAGCGACGACGGGACUGACGUGUUUCAAAGUAUAUAAUAAACUUUUUCCUGAUAAAAAAUCAUUGUAAAUACUUUGAUAAUAUUUUAAUAGAUAUUUUUUACAAACAAUAAAAUGACCGAAGAAGUGAAAUUGGAUCAUAGAGCAAAAAAGAGAAUAAAAGAAGUGAAAAGAAAAGCAAGACCUGAGCUCGCCGAUAAAGUUGCAUGGCUUCAACAUGCAUAUCAUAAAAAUUUUGACAUCUUUUGGAAUUUUAAUGACAAUAUAGAUCGUAUUGAGGAGGGUAAAAUACCAGUUGAAGAAUUUAUAGAAAAAUAUGAAAAACCUUAUAAACCUGUGAUAAUUCGAGGAAUACAAAAAGACUGGAAAGCACAAAAUAAAUGGACUAUUGAGCGAUUGGCAAAAAAGUAUCGUAAUCAAAAAUUUAAAUGCGGUGAGGACAAUGAGGGCUAUAGUGUAAAAAUGAAAAUGAAAUACUAUGUUCGAUAUAUGUCAAGAACAGAUGAUGACUCACCAUUAUAUAUCUUUGAUAGUUCCUUUGGUGAACAUCCUCGGAGAAAAAAAUUACUCGAAGAUUAUGAAAUUCCAUAUUAUUUUCGCGAUGAUCUUUUUCAAUAUGCAGGAGAACAUCGUCGUCCGCCUUAUCGUUGGUUUGUUAUGGGUCCAGCAAGAUCUGGAACGGGAAUUCAUAUAGAUCCAUUGGGCACAAGUGCAUGGAAUGCAUUGGUUUCGGGACAUAAAAGAUGGUGCCUUUUUCCAACGCAUACACCGCGAGAAUUAUUAAAAGUCACUGCCGCUGAAGGUGGUAAACAACGCGACGAGGCAAUUACAUGGUUUUCUGUUAUUUAUCCACGAACAAAAUUACCGUCCUGGCCUCAAGAUUGUUUACCCGUUGAAAUUCUUCAAAAACCCGGUGAAACAGUUUUUGUCCCCGGUGGUUGGUGGCACGUUGUUCUUAAUUUAGAUGAGACAAUUGCCGUUACACAAAAUUUUUGUUCACGCACAAACUUUCCAAUUGUCUGGCAUAAGACAGUUCGCGGACGACCAAAGUUAUCUCGUAAGUGGUUAAAGGCCCUUGGUGAAAAAACACCGGAAAUUGCGGCACUAGCUGAAAAAAUUGAUAUCAAAGAAGAUACAGGCGUUGCAAGUGAUUCUUCAAGUGAAUCAUCGAGCAGCUCAUCAAGUAGUAGCGGCAGUAGUCAAUCGGAAGAAAGUGAAGAUGACAGUGGUCAGGAAUCAUUAAUUGGACACAAGAAAAAAAAGAGAAGAAAACUGGACAACAAUCAACCCUGACAAUGUCGUGUUCUCGGGACCUACAAAGACCUCAGACUGUACAGUAUUAAUCAACUGUUAUUGUUUGUACUAAGAAUAAAUAUUGUAAUUAGUUUAUGUAUAUUUUUAAACACCAAAAUUUUGUGAAAAAUCAACGAAUUUGAAAAUUUAUCAAUAAUGAAAAUAAAGAAAUAAUUUCUUUCACAAA